AUGUCCUUCCUCACCGGAGCCAUCCGCACCGCCGCCGUCAGCACCUCGGCUCGUGCCACCCUCCUCGGCCGUGUCGCCCCUGUUGCUGUCGCUCAGCAGGUCCGUGGCUACGCCGCACACCAGGAGGAGGAGUCGUUUGACGCCUUCAACACACGCUACGUUGGAUUCUUCGACGCGGUCGAGGACCUGUUCGAGUUGCAGCGCGGCCUCAACAACUGCUUUGCCUACGACCUGGUGCCCUCACCUGAGGUGAUCGAGUCGGCCCUGCGCGCCAGCCGACGCGUCAACGACUACUCGACCGCCGUCCGCAUCUUCGAGGGCAUCAAGCAGAAGGUCGAGAACGAGAACCAAUACAAGCAGUACGUCGACGCCCUCAAAGGCGUCCGUGAAGAACUGGGAAUCCAGCUCAAGGAGGAGCUCUACUCCGCAUAA